AUGGCUGCUAUGCUGGGCACCUAUGGUUCGUGGCUCCCUGAGGCCUUCUCGGUGAGUCCUGUGUCAUCCGCAUGCAGGCCCUGGAGCGGCUGGCUGGCGGGUGGAUGGAGGAGGGAGAAUUCUCAGAAAGCUCCUUGGGAGCUCAAGCCAAGGGUAAAAGGAGCCUGCAACCAGCCUGACUGUAAACGGGGUCGGCAAGGGCCGCUCCCCUCAUAUGGUGUCCUGAACACAUCUGUGUCCAGGUUUCGCCCUUGUAAGGGUGUGCGGGUGGGGGGCGGUGAGCAAGUGGUGGUGGCUGCGGUAUCCACAGUACUGCCCAGCGAACGCUGCGGCGGAGAUGGGGAGUCAGGCCUGCGCACAGUCCGGGUAGGGACGCCGGGCAGCCUCAGUGGAGCGGAGCCCAUUGGGAUUAUUAUGGAUAAAGAUGCCAUGAACAUUCUCAUCCACGUCUGUUGGUGGACACACAUCGUCUCCAUAACCCGCUUUCCUUCGUUUGCCCUCUUUUUGCUCACUGACACCCCGGUCUGGCACCCCCGCCAUGUUUUCUGGCUUUGGCAGUUUGGCCACUGCACCCAAGCUCAUUUCUUCUGUGGCAAAGACUCCUGCAAAGGGGAGCCUCUCCCGCGCUGCUCCUGCUUCCCUGCCCUCUGCUCCCGCUUAGCUGCUGUCAUCUUGCCACUCAUGGCUCACUGGUCCAGUGUGGUUGUUUCUGGGGCUCCGUCCUCAGCUCUUGUCUCUCCUGAAGGGCCCUCCUGGAUCAUUAGCGACCACAGAUACGGAUGCAGCAUCCUUCCUCUUCAAUCCCUAGACCCCAACAUGAAAGGGUUUCCCAAACUCAUUCGGUGGAUUUUUGUCAAUUGCAGGUUGGUGCUGGGGAAGAUUCGCUGCUUUGGCUUUGACAUGGACUACACCCUGGCUGCCUACAAGUCCCCAGCCUAUGAGGCACUGGUCUUUGAGUUACUACUGGAGCGUCUGGUGUGCAUUGGGUACCCGCGUGAUAUCCUGUGCUACACCCAUGACCCCGCCUUCCCCACUCGGGGGCUGGUGUUUGAUGUGCUCUAUGGGAACCUGCUGAAGGUGGACACCCAUGGGAACGUGCAGCUGGGCACCCAUGGCUUCACCUUCCUCUCGGAGGCAGAGAUCUGGAGCUUCUACCCCAGCAAGUUCGUUCAGAGGGACAACCUGGAGAGGUUCCACAUCCUCAACACGCUCUCCAACCUGCCUGAAAUCUACCUGUGUGCCUGCCUGGUGGACUUCUUCUCUGGCUGCUCCCGCUACACCAACUGUGACACUGGCUAUCAGCAUGGGAACCUCUUCAUGUCCUUCUGAAGCCUCUUCCAGGACGUGAGUGAUGCCAUGGAUAAUGUCCACCAGUCGGGCUGUCUGAAGGAGAAGACCCUGGAAGACUUGGACAAAUACGUGGAGAAGGAUGUGCGAAUCCCCAUCCUGCUGGGUAAGAUGAAGGAAGUUGGGAAAGUAUUUCUGGCUACAAACAGCAGCUACAACUACACAGAUGCCAUCAUGACCUACCUGUUUGGCAUUAGUGAGGCUGAAGGCUCAGCCAGGCCCUGGAGGUCCUACUUCGACCUGAUUGUGGUGGACACACAGAAACCCUGCUUCUUUGCUGAGGGGACGGUGCUGAGACAGGUCAACAGGGAUUCAGGCAAGCUCCGCGUGGGCACCUACAUGGGGCCCCACCAGCACUGUGUAGUUUACUCUGGAGGCUCUUCGGACACGGUGUGUGAGCUGCUCGGGGUACGGGGGAAGGAUAUCCUGUACAUUGGGGAUCACAUCUUUGGAGACAUCCUCAAGUCCAAGAAGUGGCAGGACUGGUGAACUUGCCUGGUGGUUCCUGAGCUGUUCCGGGAGCUUGGCAUCUGGGACCAAGAGAAGGAGUGGACAGAGGAGCUGAAGAGGCUGAACAUGCACAUGGAUGGGAGCAGUUAUGGGCUGCAAGUUAUCAACUCCACCAAGAGGGAGAUUCAAAUUCCCUCCAAGGAGUCUGCUGUGGAGCAGGAACGGGUUAACCAGCAUCCCCUCCCGUCCUGUCUCUCAGCCUGA